AUGGAGGUUGCCAUGUCUGCAGUUGUAGGUGAACUCGUGAGCCAAUUCAUCUCCUUCCUGAUGAACAAGUGCAACUCCUUGAGGCAUGCCCAAUCAGAGAAGGAGAAGGUGCUGGAGAGGUUACAACACCUGCUGAUGAGAGCUGGCACCAUCGUUGAGGAGGCAGACACACGAUACAUAACCAACUCUGGGAUGAUGAUGCAGCUCAAGACGCUCUCAGAGGUCAUGUACCGAGGAUAUGGUGCGCUGGACAACUCGAGGUACCAUGACCUCCAAGAAAGUGCAGCCUUCGACGAGGUUAGCAUUAAUGACUCAUCUGGAAGUGGAUUAUAUUUAGCCAAGCGCUCUCGAACAACAAAUGAUAAGGCCACACGCCUCGAGUCACAUGACGCCUUGCAAAGUUUAGAAAUUGCUAUUGCUAACAUGGCAGAAUUUAUUGUUCUUCUCGGUGGAUGCGAGCGCAUGUCUCGUAGGCCAUAUGAUGUUUAUCUUUACACCGACAACUUCAUGUUCGGCCGACACACUGAGAAGCAAAAGCUCUUGAGCUUCUUGUUGCAGCACAACGACCCUCUAGGUAAUCAUGCACUGGCAGUUCUUCCGAUCAUAGGUGGUGUUGGAGUUGGAAAGAAAACAUUGGUUGCUCAUGUGUGUGGCGACGAAAGGGUUCGCUCACGCUUCUCCUCUAUUUUGCAAUUGAAUGGAGAUAGCCUCUUGACGAUACUUGACCAUGGAAGGACUAUGGAAGGUAUGAUGUUGGUAGUUAUUGAGUUUGCUUCUGAUGUAGAUGACGAUGAGUGGAAAAGAUUUCACUCGUUUUUCAUAAGAAAGGGCAAAGGAAGCAAGAUCAUCAUCAUAAGUAAACUUAAGAGAUUAGCCCGGUUUGGGUCGGUGAACCCCAUUUUCCUUACUGCUAUGUCUUAUGAUGAGUUGAGGUACCUUUUCAAGACACUGGCAUUCGGAAGUGUGGACCGUGCAGAACAUCCACGGCUGGUACAAAUAGCAGAUGAAUUUGCCAUGUUAGUGCACGGUGCGCAAUGUUCACUUACCUCAACAAAUGUGUUCGCGGAUAUGUUGAGAAAGAAUCUCGAUGUUCAGUUUUGGCGUAGAAUAUUGGACAAGGGGACAAGGUAUGUUAAAAGAAACCUCUCCAGAUAUAGUAGUGUCGACCAAGCCAUACUUAUACAACAAGGCCAUCCAGUGGUUGUAACGGACCUUGCUUUGGAUCCGCUUAGUGUGAGACCUUAUACAAAUCAUGUUUCAAGCAAGAAACUGCCAAGUGUGACAUUUGGGGAACUUCUAACAGACCCUACUGUUAGACCAAAAGGAGACUUUAUUAUAGUUUCAUGGGAAUCAAGGAUACCACCUCAUAAUUCAUUUGCUUGUUUUGCUACAAGUCAUGCUCAGGAUACACAUGAAGGUAGUACCUUGCCAGGGAGGAAGCGACGCGGAGAGCCAAUUUAA